UCGGUGAAUAUAACAGGGUGGCAACCUUUGGGCCGGGUGGCAGUAUCAAAAAGUUGGUAGCAGCUGAACAAUAAAAAAACGUACUCAAGGUGAAGUAAUUUGGCUUUAAAAUACAGCUACACGAAUCUUGGAGUGAGCGCGGGGGUUGACAAGGGGGACAAAGGCAAGGCUGCUUUAGUCACCAACUCCAAAACAGCUUCGGUUCGAACAGUAGCAGCAGAAUGAGUGCAAAGAGCAGACGCCCUGGAACGGCGAAUAGUCAAACACCGAAUGAAUGUGUUCAGGUUGUUGUCCGAUGUCGUCCCAUGAGCAAUCGGGAGCGCACGGAGGGAUCCCCGGAGGUGGUUAAUGUCUAUCCGAAUCGUGGUGUGGUCGAGCUGCAGAAUGUGGUGGAUGCUAACAAGGAGCAGCGCAAGGUGUUCACCUAUGAUGCGGCAUACGAUGCGACGGCAACGCAGACAACGCUAUACCAUGAGGUGGUCUUCCCGCUGGUCAGUUCCGUGCUGGAGGGCUUUAAUGGCUGCAUCUUUGCCUAUGGCCAAACGGGCACGGGCAAAACCUUUACGAUGGAGGGAGUGCGGGGCAACGAUGAUUUGAUGGGCAUCAUUCCGAGAACCUUUGAACAGAUUUGGCUGCACAUCAAUCGCACAGAGAACUUUCAGUUUCUGGUGGAUGUAUCCUAUUUAGAGAUCUAUAUGGAGGAGCUGCGGGAUCUGCUGAAACCCAACUCCAAGCACCUGGAGGUACGUGAACGCGGCUCUGGCGUCUAUGUGCCCAAUCUGCAUGCGAUCAACUGCAAAAGUGUCGACGACAUGGCCAACGUCAUGAGGCUGGGCAACAAGAAUCGCACCGUCGGCUUCACCAACAUGAAUGAGCACAGUUCACGCUCACAUGCCAUAUUCAUGAUCAAGAUUGAGAUGUGCGACACAGAGACUAAUACUAUCAAGGUGGGCAAAUUAAAUCUCAUCGAUUUGGCGGGCAGUGAGCGGCAAUCUAAGACGGGCGCUUCGGCGGAGCGUCUUAAGGAGGCCAGCAAGAUUAAUUUGGCAUUAUCCUCGCUGGGCAAUGUCAUAUCUGCUCUGGCAGAGAACUCCCCCCAUGUGCCGUAUCGUGAUUCGAAGCUGACACGCCUGUUGCAGGAUUCACUGGGCGGCAACUCCAAGACCAUUAUGAUAGCCAACAUUGGACCCUCCAACUACAAUUACAACGAGACAUUGACGACGCUGAGGUAUUCACAGCGUGCCAAGAACAUACAGAAUCAGCCAGUGAAGAACGAGGAUCCACAGGAUGCCAAACUUAAGGAGUAUCAGGAAGAAAUCGAGCGACUCAAGCGUCUUAUUGCGCCACAGCAGCAACAACGCAGCGAGAAACUAGCAGCGGCUGCAAAGAAACGCGAAAAGAAACCCAAACGGGAGCCCGUGCGCCGUGAGCUGACGGGCAGUGCUACGCAGGAGCUGCAGCAAUCGACGGAGGAGGACAAGGAGAGUGAAGAAGAACUCUCGGAGCCCGAGUCGGACAAGGAGAACGAGGCGGAAGUGGCCAAGUCCAGUGAACAAUUGGAGCGAGAGCGUGUGGAGAACGCUAAGCUGGCGGCCAAAUUGGCCGAACUGGAGGGUCAACUGGUGCGUGGCGGCAAGAAUCUCCUAGACACAUACAGUGAGCGUCAAAUUGAGUUGGAGAAGAAGCUGGUGGAGAUUGCAGAGCGUAAGAAGCGUGAAAUUGAAAUACAACAGCAGCUGGAACUGCAGGAGGAGACGACACUGGAGAUUCGAGAACGCAACGUGUCGCUGGAGCAGGAAGUGGAGCUAAAGAAGCGCAAGCUAUCCAAAUGCUAUGCCAAGUAUCUGGCACUGCAGCAGGAGCUUAACGAUUGCAAACACGAUCAUAAUCAAGAUCUGCGCGAACUGGAGAUGGCACAGAACGAGCUGGUCAAGGAGCUGAAGCGGCAGCUGCUCAUUAUUGACAACUUUGUGCCCAUCGAGGUGAAGCAGCGACUCUACACGCAGGCCAAGUACGACGAGGAGCAGGAGGAAUGGAAAUUCGCCCCUUUGCCGCCACCAAUGACGUCCAGCGAUGGCAAGUUUAGCAGCAAACGUCCCAUCUCGCAUCCAAACCGACGACGACCCACCUCCGAGUAUGCAAUCCAGCAGGCGAAGUUAAGUGGGCCCGGAGCAGUGCGCUUCAAGAGCGAGAACAUUGUCAGCUACGAGCUGGACAUGCCAUGUCGCACCACCCAAGAGUAUCGCUCACCCAAGGUGUCCGCCUCAUUGCAGGCUGUCCUGGCGCAAGCCAUGCAACCCGGCGAUGACAUUGACAUCGUUGACACGCACACCAAUUCGUUGCGUCAUCGUCUCGAGAAUAUCAUCAAUGGCAAUGGCAAUGGCAAUGCCAAUGCCAGUGCCGCUCCAGCUCCAACAACUGCUACGGGCAUCGGUGCCGCCUCCAAUGUGCGUAAUGUCAAAUCCACAAGGAGUGGCCUUCCCAGCGCUAGCUCCGCUCUAGAUUCCAAUCGACGACCGCCAACUGGACGCAUGCCGGUCAAGAAACCGGCUUCCGCUUAUCCCAAGGCGCGUGGACUGGUCAACAAGUAGUCCAACUCAGUUACACACACACACACACUCACACACAAGAAACACCCACACACACAUACUAACCAAAGUUCUUAUAGUCACAGUCACAAUGUAAAAAUCGAAUAUUUGUUUUAGUUGCGCAUCCUAUGCAAAUCUUAUCCUUAGCCCAAAUCUUCUCACAUUUCGCGCUUUUUAAAAGUAUUUUACAUUUAUUGUAUUAUUUUUUCUCAUUUUAUUUUAUUUGUUAUUGUAAUUAUAGUUAAAACUUUUGUUGUUAUUGCUUUUUGGUGCGUUGCAGUUGCAUUUUGUCCCACUGUGGCCAGUCAUUCAUUUAAUGUGCAAUUUAAUCUUAAGUUUAAUGUUUAUGCUUAAUUGUUUAUUAUUACUUUAUUAUUAUUAUUCUACUUACUUAGUACAAGCAGCUUAGUUAAUCAGAUCAGACCAAAUAAAGCAACUCAAAGCAAAUUA